AUGCCUCGCCUUCUCUCGCCAGCUCUCCGCCUCGCGCUGCUCCUCGCAGCAGUCGCCGCGUGCUUCAGGCCGUUGCUGACGGUAGCAGCGGGGGCGCCUCUGGCGGGGCCGGAGUGCGUGAGCGAGUUCCCUCGCCGCGCGCUGUGCAAGUUCGUGGACGAUCUGCGCGAGUCCAUCCCCGAGCAGAUCGACGCCUCCACGGCCGCGCCCAUCCGCAUCGGCGCCUACCAGAUCCGCCAGAAGCUGCACCGCGACCUGCCGCCCACGAAGCUGUACGUGUACGGUCGCAGCGCUGGCACCGCGCAUUACCCCGGCCCCACGCUCGUCGCCCAGCGCGGCGUGCCCACCCAAGUGUACUGGGAGAACCACCUGACGGACCGCCACCACAUGUUCCCGGUUGACUACGCCAUCCACGACGUCGCCCGCCCGCUGCUGGGCGGCAUCCCCAUUGUGACGCAUCGGCACGGGGGGGAGAAUCCGUCAUACGCGGACGGGCACCCCGAGGCGUGGUUCACGCAGUACGGCGAGGUGGGGCGUGCCUUCCGCGCGCGGCUGUACCGCUACCCCAACCACCAGCUGCCCACGGCGCUGUGGUACCACGACCACGCCGUCGGCCUCACGCGCCUCAACAUCGCCGCUGGCCUCGCCGGCUUCUUCCUGCUCACCGACCCGCACGGCGUUGAGAGGUCUCGCCUGGCUGCCGCGGGGGGGGUGCACCCGCACUGGGUGCCCGAGUACAUCGAUGACACCAUCCUUGUCACUGGCAAGGUGUGGCCGUAUCUGAACGUGAGGAGGGUAUUGUACCGCUUCCGGGUGUUGGGGGCAGCCAACGCGCGCUUCUUCAAUCUGCGCUUCAUCUGCGCCACCUCCCACAACUACCCCCACUUCACUCCCCCGUUCAUCGGGGACAAGCUGCCCAUCACUGUGAUCGGGUCGGACGGGGGCUACCUGCCACGGCCGGCAGUGCGCACAUCGCUGCUGGUGGCGCCAUCGGAGCGCUACGACAUCCUCGUUGACUUCUCCUCGCUGCGCUCCUCCUGCGCUGACGUCAUCCUCACCAACGACGCCCCCGCGCCCUUCCCUGGGGGCGAUCCCGUCACCAACGACACGGCCGUGGUCAUGCGCUUCAUCGUGGUCAUGCGCUUCAUCGUGGCCCAUCACAGCCCCCGCGUGCCGGUGCCGCUCAUUCCCAAGACCCUCAUGCGGUGGAUCACUGCGGUGGAGGAAUCUGACCGCGCCACCGGCAAUCCCGUCCGCCUCACUUUCGACCGCAACAUGUACUCCCACCCGCCCACUGAGACACCCCGCAUGAACUCAGACGAGCUGUGGCAUGUGAUCAACCUGACGCCUGACGCGCACCCCAUCCACCUGCACCUCAUCCAGCACCGCCCUGCCUGGCGCCGCGCCUUCGACCUCGCCGCCUAUAGCAGUGGCGCCUGCUCCUUCACCAACGCGUCGUUGCCGUCGUGCUUCACCGCCGCGCAGCAGGCAGUGGCGGCGUAUGAGCGCGGGUGGAAGGACACCACCAUCCUGCCGCCCGGCCAUGUGCUCACCCUCUGGACGCCCUGGUACUCCCAGGAUGGCACGCCCUUCCCCUUUGAUGCAACUCGCGGGCCGGGGUAUGUGUGGCACUGCCACAUCGUGGAGCACGACGACGACAUGAUGAUGCGCCCCCUCAUCAUCACCCAGUGA